AUGGGGAAAACUCGAAGACUGCGAACUUUGAAUGGGAGAAAACGACGAGUGGACCUUUCUCGGGUCAAGAUAACCAUUGCUCGAAGACGUAGAAGUCCACACAUUGAUGUCACUGGCCAUGAAGUACACCGUGGACAUGGAAAAUGUGGCUGUUGCGACCGAAGAAUUACUUCUAACCAGUGGAGAAGAGCAAUUGGGGGCACUGGACCCAACGAGAAAUUAUUGUGGGACAUCGUGACGAUGAAGCUUGGUCACACUGGGAAAAAUUUUGCCCCCACCGAUCUUAUAUGCAAAUCCUGCUACGCAAGACUGCGCUUUGAUUACGAAAGGAACGGUUUUCAGGAUUACCGAACUGCACUAUCCAACCCUUCCCGACAGACUGUUGCCACUGUCUCUGAUUUCUGCGAAGUUGACACCUGCAGCACCAUUGAGGAAUCGCAGGAGCCAAGCAGCGUGGUGUCGACAUCUCAAUCUUCUUUCGACUCCAGUUUAAUUAUGAAUAGUCAGAACUCACUCUCUAUCAGCUUUACAUCGACCCAAUCGGUAUCCCUAGUCAGCAAUCAUGCUAAAAUCGAUAUUCCAACUGUGUCGAAAAGUGAACGGAGAUGCUUCAUCUGCAAAUCAGUUGCUGGAAGGAAACGUGUGCCAGAUUCAGCCAUUCUCCAAGUACUACAACGUCACUAUAUUUACAUCCCUCCCAAAAAUAGAACUUGUGCAUCUCAUCUCGAGAAUAACCAAUUCACAAAUGAAGCGCUCAAUCAAAUAACUGCAGACAAGCAAAGCUUCGAAUUAUCUGGUCCAGAUAUAACAAAAUGGACAACUCAACUCCUCAAGCACAUUGAUAACAAGGUCACCAUCCUGGAUUUUGGGAAAAAUUCUCACAUCAAACCAGAAGAUUACCAUCUACUUCUUGGUGUAACUCGUGACCAAUUUUUGGAAUUAUUAGAAAUAUGUCGACAUCACAUCCAUUCCAGCAGCAACAGAAGUGUUGAAAAUGCGCUGGCAUUGUUUCUGAUGAAGAUGCGUCUUGAUUUACCACAAAAGGUUUUGGCACUACUUUUUGGAAUCGAUGGACAGCAGCGAGUUAGUGAAACAAUUACCCGUGUCGCCGAAGUCUUGGAUCGGGAGUUUGUUCCACUCAAUCUUGGAUGCGGUGAACGGCAUUUAGACAGGGAAAUGGCACUCAGUCACGAUUCUGAAUUUUUCCAUCGUAUUCUGGACACACCCCCGAAAGCUUUGCACGUUACCUGUGAUGCCACCUACUUGAAUAUACAAAAACCAUCGAAUUUUGAAAUCCAGAGAAGGACAUUUUCCCUUCACAAGUUCAGGAACUUGGUCAAACCGAUGCUCAUUGUGUUUGCUGAUGGGUACAUUUUGGACGCUGAUGGACCGUGGUUCUCAGAUUUCAAAAAUAACGACGCUAAUAUUUUGGAGAAGAUCGUUAAUCGUGCCGGGGCAGACACACUUCUCAUUCUUCUUCAGCCGGGGGACGUGUUUAUCCUUGACAGAGGAUUUCGAGACUUUGUGGAGAAAUUGAGGGCUCUCGGCUUCAAGGUGUACAUGCCGGAAUUACUUAAAGGGAAGACUCAAUUCUCAGCAGACGAAGCGAACCAGUCAAGAAAAGUGACAAUGCUCCGGUUAAUCGUGGAGGUAGUCAAUGGUCAAAUUAAGCUUCGCUUCCGGUUCUUCGACUCCAUUAUUCAAGCCACCUACCUGCCAAAAAUAGCAAUGUUUUUUCGAAUUGCUUGUGCCAUCUAG